UACACCUCUUAAACCCUAUUCCUUGGCCCCUGCCUCUCUCUCUCAGUUUACCAAAACCCUAGUUUCGAAGCUUUACCACUCAGAAAUGGCUUUCUGCAAAAAUCUCGGUGGUCUAUUGAGGCAAGGUGCGGUUUCUCAGACCGGGAAUGUUCCCGUUCAGUCUAUGCUCGGUUCUCUCCGGUACAUGUCUACCAAGCUCUUUGUCGGUGGUCUCUCAUGGGGGACUGAUGACCAGUCAUUGAGAGAGGCUUUCUCCAACUUCGGUGAAGUAAUCGACUCUAAGGUCAUUGUUGAUAGGGAAACCGGAAGGUCAAGGGGGUUUGGAUUUGUCAAUUUCUCUGAUGAGAGUGCUGCUAAUGCCGCAAUUUCAGAGAUGGACGGAAAGGAACUGAAUGGACGCAACAUCCGAGUGAAUGUUGCUAACGAUAGACCAAGUGCUCCCCGGGCUUAUGGAGGUGGUGGUGGCUAUGGAGGUGGUGGUGGCGGCUACGGUGGAGGUGGUGGUGGCUAUGGAGGAGGUGGUGAUGGAGGCGGUUACUAAACAGAGGAGCUUCUUGUGAAAGAAGAAAUUGAUCUUUCUGUUUGUUUUGGACCUUCGUUUGUUUUUUUUAUAAUUUAAAUUUAGUCUGGUGCUAGUACAAAACCUGAAUGGGAUUUGUUGAAACUCUAGUAGUCAUUACUCUCUUAUCUAAAAGACACCUUUUUCACUCA